AUGGUUUACUACAAAUGUACAGAAAAAUGUACUGAUGAUUUAGGCAAAAUUAUAACUAUAAACAUCUUAGAUUUUAUAUUCCGGAGGUCUGUAGAUGAAAAAAUCGGAAAUAUGUGCCAUUAUAUUUGUCUUAAACAAUUAAGCCUAGAAAAUAUUAAAAGAAAUGGAAGAUGGGGAUUUUGUCCUGUUCUAGGAAUGACAGAGUUUUUUUCAGUAGUAUUUUCAUUCAGUAAUUUUAUAAUCAACCAAUAUUCAUUUAACCUAUUUUUAAGACCACAAAUACAAUUUAUAAAAAUGAAAGAUCUUUUUAAACUCCAAUGUCACAUUUCAAAUAUGGCUUUUAUUUCUAGUACACUUUUUCAUAUUCAUGAAAAUGUACUUACAAGGAAUAUGGAUUAUUAUUUUGCUAUUCUUGUUCUUCUGUUUGGUUUAUAUAUGUCAUUUAUGCGGUUGAUGUUAAUUUAUAAAUUUGAAUGUAAAUAUCGAUUUACUAUAAGAAGUAUUUUUAUAUGUUAUUUUAUUUAUCAUAUAUCAAGAAUGAGUAAUGAAUUUGAUUAUGUUUAUAAUAAAAUAAGUUGUGUGAUAAUUAUCACACUUACCUUCCUUUUUCAUUUUUUCAUUUAUGCACAUUAUAAAAGUUAUGAAUAUGUAAGAAAUAUUGUAUUUUUUACCUUUUUAUUUUCUCUAGCAGGGUACAUAGAAAUACAAGAUAUACCUCCUUACAAAUAUUUAUUAGACUCUCAUGCAGUAUGGCAUCUUUUUGGAUGCCUUUCUACGCCUUUUUAUAUAAAAUUUUGGGCAGAUGAUAUAAAGCAUCAUAGACACAUUUAUAACAAUUUAAAUGUUAGAAAAAGAAAAUGUAAAUAA